AAGGGGCGGAGUUAUAGCAUGGCGCCCGCGAUUGGUCGCGAUGUGGAUUUGAACGUGGCGCGGGGCCGGUUCUUCUUUCUCCUUCCUGCAGUGUUCGCUUUUGUCUGCAGCGGGGCAGGUGAUGAGUAACUGGAUGCAGAAUGAAGUUCCUCAAAGGCACUGACUUUGUGGCAUGGACCAGCACUCCUCAAGACACUCGGGAUUUGUUGUCAGAGUUGGAGGAAUGCCUCAACUUGGCAAUCAAAAAUGCAGAUGCUGCAAGCCAAGCUUCCAAGUGGGCGACCGCAUGUGAUGGGAUCCUGCGGGCCUGCAUCCACCGGUUUGCCGAAGACUUGGCCUGCCCAGAUCAUUUGCAAUGCCUCCGGGCUUUGGCUGAGAGGGCCUAUCACGGCUACGUGGAAGCUCGGCCGCAGUAUGUUCCGCUCUAUCUGGAGAGGUUGCUGUACCACUUGCUGAGAGGCGCUGCUUCUCGGGGCCCAUCAGAGACCAAGCUGGGGUUUGCAAACCUCCUCUAUGCUGAACUGUUGAAGCAUCAGCCACCAGAGGUGCCCGCUGACGACUUCACGGCCAUUGCCAAGAGUGCCUUUAGUGUCCUGUGGAAGAGCGCUGACGUUGUUGCUAAAACAGGCAGGACUCCUGCCCAGCUGAGGGCAGUCCUCUCAUCACAGCUGCAAGCAGUGCGCUUCUUGGUUCUCUUGGAGCACGACUCCCCCGUCCUCUUGCUCAGAGAACCCCCUUUCUUUACAUCCCCGGUGGCCCAACAUGCUGCUGCUGCCGCUUCUAUAUUUGAGGCCCAGCGGAGCCCGCUGCCCAGAGAAGAGGCUUGUUUCCUCAGCGAGCAACUGUUCAGCCAUCUUGUCACAGGACUCCUAGAAAGGACGGGCACGAGCGAAACUUUGCCCUUUCUGGACACGCUCUGCAUCUUUGAAGUCACUGUGAUGAGGGCCCGUUACCUCUGCAAGAGCGGCUGCUUUGCAGAAAGCAAGGAAGUUCUCCAGCAGUCCCAGGGCUGUUUGAGAAGCCCUAAGAAGAAAAGACACUUCUUCGGCGCAGGCUUGGAUAUUCUUUCUGCUGGUGUCAAGUUAAACCAAAUGUUGGUACUUCAUGACGGCUCGGUAGGGCCUCUCUUUGCCCAAACUGCUCAGGUCCUACGUGCCUUGCUGGAUUCUGACGAACGUCUACUUAAAGCAACGAUUGAAAGUUGCCAGUUGUUUAUAAUGCCUCUGUACGGAUACACAAAGGAGUCUAAACGGAGUUUCUUCAGUCUGCAUGAUGUUCUGGGCAUCUCUGCCUUUAUGGAAAGAUACUUUGAGCUGCUCGGCAAGCUGCUAAAUGUUGCUCCGCCAGACAGUGGGAAACAGCAGCAAGCUCUGAAGAAGUUGCUGUACUACUUUGCCCAGCUGUACACCACCCUGGUAUAUGACUCUCUUCAGACUGUGCAGGCGCCAGAGUCCAGUGAAGAGAUGCUACAGCUGGUGGCAACCCUUCAGAAAGUUGCUUCCUGGAUGCUGGAUAUGCUAGCAGGUCUUCCACAGAGUGAGCAGGCAGAAUACCUGGAUGUCUCAGCAUACUGCGUGUCCAGGCUGGGCUACAGCUUCUACUGUCAGAAGAUGUAUGUUGAAUCUAACUCAGUAGUAGAGCUCUUCUGCAAGAGGCUGAUCAAAGAGGAGCUGUUCAAAAAUCCAGAAUUCCCUACAGAAAAGCUUCACAAUUGCUUCAGGCUGCUUGUGGAAAACUACAGGAAGCUGGGCUUGUUGGAGGAUGCUCUCCAGGCUGUGGUAAUGUGGCUGGUCACACAGCACAACAAGAUCAUUGAACAGAUGGCGGAACCGGUCUCCUUCUGGCUCAAAGUCAAGAUGGAUGCCAGCAAAAGCGGGGCUGAUGAUUUAAGAUUAAAGACUCUGAAGGAGGGCCUGGAAGGAUGCAACUUAACCCCUGAGGUCCUGCUGAAAGUGUUGUUGGAAGAACUGAAGGCCUACAAGAGUGUGCGAACUGACAUCAGCCAAGAGCGCUUCAAUGUGAUCUGUGACUUACUGGACAUAUGCGCAGAGGGCAGCAGCUUUGUCCAUGAGCGGGCAGUGAUCCUGAUAGAACUAGCUCAGGUGCUGUGUUACCACGACUACACAGAGCAGACAGAAUGUUCGGCCCUGGAUUCCAUCCAUGAAGCCUUGCGGCUGCUGGACUUGGUCCCUAAAACUCCACAGAACGAGGAACAGCUCCAGGAUGACAAGGCCCAAGCCCUGCUCUGGCUCUACAUCUGCACAAUUGAGAACAAAAUGCACGAGAGCAAUAAGGAAGAACAGAGAACCAAAAACAGCCACGCCCAAGGACAAAAGGGUUCCCAGCUUCUGGAAAGCGUGGAAACGAAUGAUCUCGGCUAUGAGGAUAGGUCCCAGGAUGAUAAGUUCCUGUAUCUUGGCAUCACAUUUAACCUGUCUGCGGAUUCUGUGAAAUCAAAGUGCUUGGAUGAUGCCUACGUUUUGUGGAAGCAACUCCUCAGCAAAGGCCGGGCCCCAGCUGUGCGGAGCGUUGAGCAGACAAUGGCAUCGUUGCAUAUUAUGGCUGCUCUGUACAGGAUGAUGGGCAAGCCGCUGCGAGCCAUUGAGAGCUACUUCCUGGUCUCAGAACUCUCCAGUGCCCUUGCAGAUGCUCUUGGGAUGACCAAUGCAUUGUGUCAGAUCGCCAAGCUCUUCUUCCAGCUAGAGUGUUCCAGUUAUGCAGAGAUGAUCUUGAAGGAAGCAGAGUCUUGCUUGCGAAGUGUUGACCAAAGCAAAGACGGUGCCUUACUGACGAAGCAAACGCUAGCUGUCCUCCGAAGCAGAUUAUGCGUGGCAAAUUGCAAGAUUGAAGAAGGUCUCAAACUGCUGCUAGAAACCCUUCAAAACCCAACUUUGCAAAGGCCGUCUAAACUCUGGUACAUGCUUCGAGCCAGCGCUCUCGAGCUGACUGCCUUGUAUCUCGGCCUUCCUCCUUCUUUUCUUCCACUGGCACUCAGGCAAAAACUGUACACUCAAGGGUGGAAGACCCCUGAAACUGCUUUGAGCGAUGCCCACAAACUCUAUCGCAGCAUUAUUUCUAAUUUCUUGCUGAUUGGCAGUGAGAAAUGUGCUAAAGAUGUUCCAGACCAUCUGUUUGUAGAUCAUGGUGACAACCUGGUGCAGAAGUGGCAGGUUCUGGCUGAUCUGUUUGUGUGUUCCGAGACAUUCGUCUCCCUCCUCGGCAAGAUAGAGAUUGUAAGUGAAGCAAAGGCCUUCUGCCUGGAAGCUCUCAAAAUCUCCAUGAAGCUGCAGUCCCUCCGCUGGUGCGCUCGGUUUUUGGUCUUGAAGAGCGAGCUGGAGCUCGAGCGGGGUGAAUUGCAGCUAUGUCGCUGUGACCUUGAGCAGGUGCUCUUUCUUCUGGAGUCUGGCACUGUGUUUGAAAUGAAAGAGGAGAAAGGUGAUAUGAAAAUCAAGCCAAAGAAAGGUAGGCCUAAGGGCAAGAAACAGCAAGGCCUAUGCACCAUGCCAUCUGAAGAGGAGCAGUCUUUUCUGCGAGAGGCCUCCCUGGAGUUUGUUGACACGGUUACCAUGCAGAAGGGGAACUCUCUCACAGACUCGCCAAUGCUGAAAUCAAAGCUGAAGAAGCAUCCCAGCUUCCUGACUCACCCAGACGGAUGCCGCUGCUUGCUCUGCUCUGACGUGGUCCUCUUGAGCGUUUGCCUCCGCUGGCUGUUGGCCUCUGCAGAGAGGGAGCUGGCAUUCGGGCACAAGGGAGAAGGACUGCAUCUCCUCGAGACUUGUUUGAAACGGUGCGCCUCAGCGACUUCAUACAUCUGCGACCUGGUGGCAUCCAUGUCUCAAAGCAGCAGCAGGAAGGCUGUCGACCAGAGUCUGUCCACAGUGGGACUCCUGGAUGAUCUGGUGGCCCGUAUUUAUGUAUCUCUGGCAAAACAAAACAUGAGCACUGACCGACCUCAGAAAAAAACGUGGAAACUUCUCGAGAGCGGUUUAGCCCUGCUGUCUUCCAAGAGGCCUCGGCUGCCGGGGCUCGAAUAUCAGAAGGCCAGCCUGCUUCUUACCAAAGCUGUCACUACUGUCUCGGUUCUAGCUUCCAUUCACGAGGGCGACACGGCAAACAUAUUUUCUGGAGCCUGGGCCUGGAAGUACCCAUCUUCCCUCUGUGAGAACAAAGAAAAUAUGCCAACAGCUGCGGAGAAGAUGCUCAAAGCUCUUCUGUCAGAAGCCCUGAACAGUAACACCACCAAGGGGCAUCCCGAAGCUGUCCAGAAAGCGAAGCCUAAGAGGAUCCAAGAAACCAAACCACUUCCUGCGAUCCAUGCCAGUGACCCACUUGCCGUGGUUGACGCCAGUACGGAGGCUGCUCCACUUAUCUCUAGGCCACCUGUAGAACCCUGUACUCCAGCACAGAAAUCCUUUCCAGUUGCCAGGUCAAGCAGGUCAGCGGCAGCCAAGCAAGCUCUCUCCUCCAAAACCUCCUUUAAGAUUUUUGAGGAAUCUUCUUCUCCAAGGUUGAAGAUGAAACUUUCAAAAGCUCCCAAAGUGUCCCGAAGAACGAAGUCUCGUCUUAAGGUGGUGUUCAGUGAUGAUAGUGACCUGGAAGGUCCUCCAGAAGCUAUGCAGGAGGCUAAGCUUCCGACUGCCAAAGAACCAGCAGCCUCCACCCCCAGGACAGGCCGAAAGGCAGCUCUCAGCAAAAAACAGUCAACGAUAAGCCUUGCUAGAAUGGAGGAGUGCGGCACCAACUCUUCAAAUGAUCGCCCCCACACUUCAAAGUCGCAGCCUCGACGUGGGAGGCCGGGCAGCAGGAGAACAGCUAGGCAGGAAAAGCUGCGUGAAGAAAUCAACAAAGCUCCUUGUGAGGAAGAGACACUAGAUGAGCCAAGGGAUGAGGAAAAGGAGGUUCUGAGGACCAUUGAGGAGGGCUUCAGGGCUGGCUGUGAGGUCCUGCAAGGUUCAGGACGCAAAAAGCAACCUGUUCCUGAACCAGAACAGGAUCAAGAGGCUGUCUGGCACAAUGCCAGUGCUGAUCUGCGGGAGACUUUCCAAGGUUCAGAGAAGAGAAGCCCCACAGAUCCACUUGAUUUGCACAUUCUUGCCUCUUCCCUAGAAGUAGCUGAUAAUUCCUUCUCUGUGAACUCAAUCUAUGAAAUCCUGCAAGCCGCCUUCUGUUCUAUCAGUCAUAACCCUCCAGGCGCCCUCUACAGCCAUCUUUGCCAACUCAUGGCGCUAUGUCUGGGGAGCCGGGACCCCGUUGCUACUGCCUACCUGGUUUCGGAGUCGGUCGCUGUCACUCUUCGCCAUCAGAUAAUGAACACCAUUCACAAAAGACUUGACAAAAUGAAGAAGUCCUCCGUGGCCAGCGCAUCAAGGCAGCUGGAGAUGCUGAGCCUGCAGGCAGGGAGUGCUGACCCUCUACUCCGGUCCCUUAAAGAGCUGCAGGAUCUCUUUGCCUUCAGCUGUCCCAGUCCCACUAAACUGGAGACAGAAGGCUUCAGAAAACAGCUGCAGCAGAUCCCCACUGGCAUAACAGUGUGUGUGCUGACCCUGGUGAGCAUCAAGCCAGGAACCACUGGGGACAUCCUCUUGCUGACGCGGCUGGAGAAAGAUGCUGUGCCGGUGACCGUCCAGAUACAGACAGUGCACUGCAAAGUCUCCUUGAGUAUGGUGCUCAGCGAAUUUGAUGCCAUCCUGCAGGAACAGAAAGUGGUUUCCAACCUCACAGAAAAAGAGGAUUGGUGGCUUGGCCGGACUGCGCUGGACAAGAGAAUGAAGGUCUUGAUAGAGUCUUUGGAGAGGCUGCUGGGCUGCUGGAGGGGUGCCCUGCUGCCAGGUUGCGAGGGCCAAGGUUUGGCACAGGAAGCUUCUAGCCUUCAAAAGCAACUCAGGGAAUGUGGCUGUGAGGUGGAUCUGGCACUGCUUAAGGUUAUGCUUACCAGCUCGCAUCUCCUGGCCCCAGAAGACAUACAGCGUUUGGCGUUGGGGCUCAGCCCAGCUGUGCCCGAGAGAGCUCAGAAUCUUCUUCAGGAGGCAGUAGACAAAGUGGGACCCCGUACUUGCCAGGCAUCAAGUGGCCACUUGGUCCUCAUCCUGGAUAAACACCUGCAGAAACUCCCCUGGGAAAACGUACCAUGUCUGAAAUCCCGGACAGUGACUCGAUUACCUUCUCUGCGUUUCCUGCUCAGCUAUUUGCUUACGAAAAAGUACCGAGAGGAAUCUGUCUUCAACCAGGGGAUAAAUGCAGGCAGGGCCUUCUAUGUCUUAAACCCGCAGAGGAACCUUUCGGGAACGGAGAAGAUGUUCAGAGAUUGGUUUCAGAGUGAGCCUGGCUGGACAGGGGUGGUGGGCGAAGCCCCAGCUACAGACCAAGUGCCGUCGGCUCUCGAGGAGCGGGAUCUCUACAUCUAUGCUGGGCACGGUGCAGGUGCCCGUUUCAUAGACUCCAUUUUGAAGAUGGACUGCAGGGCUGUGGCUCUGCUCUUUGGCUGCAGUAGCGCUGCUCUGGCAUUGCAGGGCAACCUGGAAGGAACGGGCAUCAUCCUCAAGUUCAUCCUGGCAGGGUGUCCCCUAGCUCUGGGAAACCUCUGGGAUGUGACUGACCGAGACAUUGAUCGCUACAUGGCGGCGCUUCUGAAGAAUUGGCUCAAGGCAGGGUCUGGAGCUCCUCUGCUCCAGUAUGUCAUACAGUCCCGCCAAGCUCCCAAACUCAAGUACAUGAUUGGAGCUGCCCCUGUAGCCUACGGCUUGCCAGUCUCUCUGCAGUAGGAAACAUGGAAAGAGCACCAUAACUGGUUUUAUGAGGGCUUUGGGGUUUUAGAACCGCCUUUAAAAAAUGCAAAUAGCUGCUGGAGAGAAGAUAAAUUUUGCUUCUGCAAACUGGUAUCUCUCAUCCAUUUCUGUCUUGCUAUGUCUUCCAUGGAAGGUGUAUGUUACCCUUUCAUUGAGGGAGAGUUUUUAACCCAGCUGCCUUUUUGGAAAUGUGUACAGCGUAUCAAUUGCACUCCCUGAUAUUAUACAGUAAAUUAUUAAAUCUGUUUUGUGUGUUAAUGUUUAAAAAACUAAAUAAAGGUUAAAGUUAUUACGUUUUAA